AUGGAGCAACCCAAUCGUUUCCAACAAGGGGGUCAAGCAAUGCCUGAAACAAAAAAAGAAAUUAUUUCACCUACUGAAUCCUCUGAAGAUGUCUUGGAUUUGUAUAAGAGAACUGAUAAUACUUUAGAAGAAAUUAAAGCAAGAGGUCAUCCUCUUAUUUCCAAAUAG